UGCUGGUUACUCUGUCCCUUUUUAAGAAUCGUUUAGGAGCAGAUCAUCCAUAGAAAGUUCUCAAUUAGAGUAGUCUUCUUGCAUGUCUUGUUCAUAGCACCUUGGUCAGAUCAAUUUUCAACUCUUUUCUUUCAAACGUUUUUGCUUCAAACGAGGAAGAAUUUGCGAAACGAAAAAUAAUUCAAAAAGUAGUUUGCCAUGAAAGUUUCUUAUAUCACGCUUGUAAUUUCCACCUUGAACAUAUUCCUUGGUAAAUCUAAUGCGCAGUCAGAAGGCCUUAAUGUUCACCCCAAUGCAGUUACGUCAACGGCUUCAUCAGCUUACUCGUGUGAUCCAAACACUUGUAAAAUUGCAAAUAACUGUUUGUGCGCAUCUAAAAAUCCACCCAACGGACUCUCUCCCAGUGAUACUCCCCAAUUUGUCACAAUUACAUUUGAUGAUUCGAUCCAACCACAGCUAUAUAAAACGGCCAAGAGAAUGCUCAACGUGACAAAUCCUAAUGGUUGCUCUGGCCGAGGCACAUGGUUUGUUUCCAUGCAAUACACUGACUUCUCUUUGGUUCAACAGUGGUAUUCGUCCGGCAAUGAAAUUGCAGAUCAUACAUUCUCUCAUGUUGGAAUACCAUCUGAAAAGGAAAUAUCCAGUUGUAAGCAAAUACUAAACACUUAUGGUGGUGUCCCUAAUGGAAAGAUCCAAGGAUUUCGUGCACCGUUCCUUAACUAUACAGCACAAACAUUGAAAAAUUUACAGAAACAAGGAUUUCUUUACGAUUCUAGUUCUAGUGCCUUACAAGGCGAUGCUUAUUGGCCUUACACACUAGACAAUGGUAUGGCAAAUGACUGUUGGACAGGAAUUUGCCAUGAUAGUCAAUCUCAGAUCCCUGGACUAUGGGAGAUACCUAUGUAUGCAGUCUUUGAUAAUGUCAGUACUCCGCAAUUGAUGGAUGUCUAUAUCUCAGGUCAGCCAGAAGAUGUCACUAAAUGGAGUUUGGAAGCUUUUGAAAAGCAUUACAAUGGUGGAAGGCAGCCUUUCGGAAUCUACGUCCAUCCCACACAUUUAACUGGUUAUCCAGGAUUGCCUGAUCCUGCACCCAAGCUUGACGGUUUAACAGAGUUGAUCAAAAAACUCUCCGAGAGGCCCGAUGUUUGGUUUGUUACUAACCAACAGUUACUGCAAUGGAUGAAAAAUCCUGUUAAAUCUUCUGAGCUGGGAAAGCAAGAUUACAUGCGCUGUGAGCAACCUGUAAUAGCCAAAGAAAUUUGCAACGGUCUAGAUGACGAUAAUAACAAUAAUAUAGAUGAUAACCUUCUAAACAACUGUAACUUUGGCACCACGACCUUCAAUACUUGCUUCAACUGUCCAAACACUGCGCCUACAUUAGAUAUCCCCGCACCUGCUACUGCUGCACAAAACGGAUCCGUUGGUUUCAGAUAUCCUCUUCCUAAUAAUUGCGAUACAAAAUGGUGGGAUCCUAUCGGUAAUACCUGUCUUUGUACCACAACAGAAUGUCAAUAUAAAGAUACAGCAGUUCCUACAAAUAAGACUGCAGCUGGCGACGGAGCUACCGCAAAUGGGUCAGGAGUGUCUAGUGCCACUAACAAAAAUGCGUAUCCUAACGCAUUAAUGUUUAUCUACUUUUCCGCUAUAUUUUUUACGAUGCUUUUUUAAAUCUUCACACCCCACAUGGUAAUUGCAAAAUCGCUCUUAACAAGCCACUUAAAUUAAUUUGAACCUAUUCCGUUUCUGAUUUUGACAUUUUAAUAUGAUACAUGUCCAUAAAAUAUGCUAUUGGGAAAUCAAAUAGUCUCGCCAUUCAUUUUCUCCAAGCUUAUUUGCAACACGCCGUCAGUUUUUGGUUUCUGUUCCUGAGGUAUUCAGCGGCAUAAAGUAACGGAGAUUCACUGAGUUCCUAAUUGUCAAACCCGCCCCUUGUGACUGAAGAGGCAAAGAGGGGUAAUUUGAGUUGGACAAGGUUG